AUGGAGAUGACCAUUUAUGAGGAUUAUGGUAGCUUUAGAGGACUAGAGAAGAAAGAGAGAAAAUGGGUGAAAAUCUUUCGAGUAGAAGUUAACCGUUCCCUUCCAGGUUUCCAAAAAACUAACUCUCGGUUCUAUCUAACUGCUAAACUAUGUACGCAAGUCCACAUCAUCGAUCCUCUGAAAAAUCGGCUUUUCAUGGAGUUCAAGAACAUUUAUGCAAUCCCUCACAUGAACCAAGGGACCGAAACUAUCCCAUAG